AUGCCACCUCAUUCGCCGCCCUCGCCAGAUCCGCAUCCCUCGAAACGUCAACGCGCUUCGUCCCCCGAUAAAGACUCCCCGUCUUCGGGAAAUGGAGGUCCUACCUCCCCCACCGAACAUUUGCAUGAUGGUGUUGGCCAGAGCUCCAAGACUGGUCAGUCUAGCAGCUUCCGCAACGUCAGCGCGUGUAACCGUUGUAGGUUGCGCAAAAAUAGAUGCGACCAAAAGUUGCCCAGCUGCGCCAGCUGCGAGAAGGCUAGGGUUGCCUGUGUCGGCUAUGACCCUAUAACCAAAAGAGAGAUACCUCGGAGCUAUGUAUACUACCUGGAAACGCGCGUCGACCAAUUAGAAUCUCUGCUUCGUCGCAACAAUAUAAGGUUUCCCCCUGCUAACAAUCUAGAAUAUUGUUCGCGACCCGGAACCGAUGGCGGCCUAGGACGCUCACCCACAGAUGGUUUGCCCUCUGCUGUCCCUGGUAAUGCAGAAGCUCCGGCCGUUGUGAAACCGCAAAAGAAUAAUGACGAAGUGGAAAAGCAGCCCAAGGUUGCGAAACCCAGUGGAAGUGGCGGACAGAGACAUCUCGGGUCUGCCACCGGAAUCUCGUUUGCACGCGUAGUCUUCGCUGCUGUUCAGUCGUCUGUCGGUGAUCAAAAGUCCACUUCUGACAAAACUGGGGUGCGACCUUAUAAACCGCUCUCUAGCAAUGGAGCCGUCGCAUCAGGCACGUCGAUGCGUGAUUCAUUCUUUGGUCUGCAUACUCGGCCAACCAUCAAGCCAGCCGAGUUUCCCCCCAAGGAUCUAGCCUUGAAGCUGGUGGAAUUGUAUUUUCAACACGCGAACCCCCAGAUUCCCGUUCUUCAUCGAGAUGAUUUUAUGAAGAUGUUUGACCGUGCAUAUGCUGAAGAAGGUAGAGUACGAGGCCCAAAAGAGCUCUACGUCUUAAACAUGGUAUAUGCAAUAGGAGGUGGCAUCAUUAUGGAUGCGCAGACAACUGCCACCAAGCCAUCCGGCGAAGAGAAAAAACAGGCUCAGCCCGAGGAGUAUCACGCAAGUGCCGUUGUCCAUCUGGAGGCUUGCCUAAGCAACAGUGGCGGAGGGUUGGAAGAGCUUCAGGCUGUGCUUCUGCUGGCAAACUUUGCUCUGCUUCGCCCGGUUCCGCCUGGAUUAUGGUAUAUUGUUGGUGUCGCCGUAAGAUUAGCAGUCGACUUAGGACUUCACUAUGAAGAUGGGAAAGAUCUCGAGUUUGACCUUUCCUCAGCUAAACUCAAAGUUGACGACACAAAUGACAAAUCGCGAGAAGCCUACCAACGUGAGAGAGGAAGGCGAGAGUAUACACGCGAUCUUAGAAGACGACUCUGGUGGUGUACGUAUUCAUUUGACAGGCUUGUUAGCACUUGCGUUGGACGACCUUUCGGCGUGUCAGAUCAAGUGAUCACAACCGAGUUCCCUUCUCUGUUAGAUGACCGCUACAUCACUACUGCUGGUUUCACUCAGCGCCCGUCCGAGGGCGAUGUCACGUAUAAAAUCGUGGCCAAGCACUAUUUUCGGCUUCGGCUGCUCCAAUCGGAGAUUCUUCAAGUUCUACAAUAUCAACAAACACAGAUGGCAAGAUACAAGGGGCAGAAUAACAGAAAUGAGUAUAUGCACACUCAGCUGCCGUCUCCUUUCCUGCAAAGGUUUGACUCCUUCAGGAAUUGGCGAAGAAAUAUUGAUGGGCGAUUAUAUGAAUGGAAAAAUUCAGCACCAACGCAACAGGAUUCUGGAGUCGCAUUUCACCCCGAAUUCCUAGAGUUGAAUUACUGGCAAACUAUUAUCAUGCUCUAUCGACAAAGUCUGAGCGUGCCAGCCAUGUUUGAGGGCGAAUACAACACAUCGAAAGAGGUUAAUAGUCCGUCCAUUUAUACGACCGAGCUGCAGGAAGACGAAGAGAGGGUAUAUGUCAAGGUAGCGGAAGCAGGCCAGAAGAUCCUCCGUUUAUACAGACAGCUACAUCUGAUGGGCUUGGUCAACUACACGUAUCUGGCUACGCAUCACCUCUUCAUGGCAGGAAUCUCUUAUCUGUAUGCCAUUUGGCACUCGCAUGUCGUUCGAAGUCGACUGACGAUGGAUGAGGUAGACUUUACGAUACUAGCGGCCACUUCGGUCUUCACAGACCUCAUUGAAAAAUGUCCACCCGCAGAAGCUUGCCGGGAUGCUUUUGACCGGACAGUCAAGGCAACUAUUAAAAUGGCGAAUUCUACUGGUGGAUUUGGGCAAGUAUUGCAUCGAAGCAAGCGUACGCCCAGGAACGGUAAUGAAAGAGUCGAUUAUAUGAACACUAAAGAGGCAACAGCCAACCGCCAAAGAGCUCAUCACCGCCCUUCUUUUGAUCAUUCAACGUCUCGGGCUACUUCAUCUUACAACACACCUGGACAGGAAAGCUACAGCUCACGUGAAACGUCACAGAUGGGUUCUAUGCAGGCACCAUCACAGAGCGGUGGAUUCCGUAUGUCCAUCCCUAGCGUCAAAGCAGAACAGGAUGGAUACUCCAUGUUGCGCUCCAUGCCGCAGUCCAUGCUUAGUGCGGGUAGCAUAUCUGAUGCGGCCUCGCUUCCUGACAAUUCUGCUAUAGACCCCGUCCUUCUUCCUUCUCCCGGUGCUCACAGCAAUUCUCCAGUAUCCGUUAAUAGCCUGACCCCACAAUCAAGUCACGGUCAGCCAUAUCCUCCAAAUGCCGGUGGAGGUUCCAAUUUCAAUAUACUUAGAUCGCCGGCUAGCAACUUUACUCCUGGCGCUACGAUGAAUUAUUCGGACUUACAAGGCAUGGACUUCCUCCAAAAUAUCCAAGGCACCCCGAACUCGGACGGGAUAGCCAAUACAGACAUGCAGAUGGACAUGGGCUUCGGCUUAGGCUGGGAAGGAUUGCAUCAUGAUUUCAGUGAUGGACAGCAAGUUGAUCUUUUCGAUGGGUUUUUCUUUGGGGGGCAGCAAGGCGGCGGCUGA